GGUGGAUUAUUCAGUUAUUUUCGUAAUUUACUCGGCAGUCGUGAAAUGAGAAUUCUUAUACUAGGUCUUGAUGGUGCUGGUAAAACGACAAUACUCUACAGACUCCAAGUUGGUGAGGUGGUAACAACAAUACCAACAAUUGGAUUUAAUGUUGAACAAGUAACUUAUAAAAAUCUUAAAUUCCAAGUAUGGGAUCUUGGCGGUCAAACUAGCAUACGACCUUACUGGAGAUGUUAUUAUUCAAACACAGACGCAGUAAUAUACGUCGUAGACUCAGCAGAUAGAGAUAGAAUAGGAAUAUCCAAAGAUGAACUGCUUUACAUGCUCCGGGAAGACGAAUUACAAGGAGCAAUCUUAGUAGUAUUAGCAAAUAAACAGGACAUGCCAGGAUGUCUGAGUGUCGCGGAAGUCCACCAGGCACUAGGAUUAGACGCAUUAAAAAAUCGUACAUUUCAAAUAUUCAAAACAUCAGCCAAAAAAGGCGAGGGUCUGGACCAGGCCAUGGACUGGCUGGCAAAUGCACUGCAGAGUCGAAAAUAA